AUGUCACGCAUAUUCGAUUUUGUGGGUGAUAUAGAUUAUUCUAAAGAAACAUGGUGUUUAGUUGUUCGUGUUAUUAAUAUAUGGAGUGUCGUUAAUAGCAAGGGCAUAGAAGACAUGGAGAUGGUUGUAAUGGAUGUCAAUGGUGAUCGAAUUCAAGUCUUGAUUCAGCCUGACCAUAUAACAAAAUGGAAAUUGUUGUUGAAAGAAGAUAUGACUUGCGUGAUAAAUAAUGGUAAUGUGUACGACAAUGAUUUUCAAUGGAAGUUUUGCGAUAAUAUUAAGAAAUUUGUUUUCUUAAGUGAAAUCAACUGUUUCGAAUGA